CUUCGCGCGAUUGCGCGGCGGAGUUCAGGCGGUUCGCGACGCGACGCGACGCGACGUGAAUAGAGUGUUGUGUGUCUUUCGGAGGAAACGUAUGACGCGGACUUGCGGGUCCUCGGCGGUAUGUUGCAUUGUUGUGAACUCGUCGCGAGCCUCGAUGGCGCGACGAUGCGCGAAUUGUGAGAACGUAACGAGGUGAAUCGCGAACUGUGUAAAUUUACGCACGAUAGGUGAGUUUCGCGCGAUCGACGGGAUUCCCGAUACUCUCGAAACAUCGUUAUCUAGAUAUCGGGCGAAUAUUCGCGAGUGUGUCGGAAGUGUGGAUCGUUUAAACGAGAAAAAGUGGUGCAACAUAUGACGAACGCGAAAAUGAGAAUGUCGACGAGCGAGUUGCAGGCCGUUAUCGCGCUCGCGAUACUGUCGACCAUCAGUCUCGGCAAUGAGAUUAAGGAUUACUGCUCGAUACACAAGUACGACAAUUUACCGGGCGGUCUGAGCUUCACGAAGGAGGUCGUUACUAUGGAGUAUGCGAACGUGGGUGCGUUCAAGGCUCUUCACUGCUGCCUCAGGGGAUAUAGGAGCAUCGAAUGGUACAAGGAUAACAGGGCUUACCCUUGGCCGGGCGGCGAGAGCCACUUUAUCCUGUAUCCGGAGAGCGCGAAUCAAACGAUCUACACGCAGGAGAUGAGAGCCUCGGAUGCGGGACGGUACUCUUGCCAGGCACGUAACGACACAACCACUUUGGAGGGUGACAUCACUCUCUCUGUACUCGAUGAGGAGUCCGGGGUCUACACGGGAAAACCUUUGCCCACUUACAGACCGACAUCGCAGUUGGUGCCCCUGGGAGGUACAGCGAGGCUCUUCUGCGAGGCCUACCUGGGCAAGGUCGACUUGCCCGACGCCAAGAAUUCCGUCACCUGGUCGAAAAGCGACAGCAACGUGACACUGCCCAGUCACGGUAGGAUAGCACAGCACAGGGUGUCCCGGGAGAACGAUCAAAUAAUCGGUUCCUACUUGGAAAUCGAGGACGUCACUCUCGAGGAUUACGGCGAGUACAAAUGCGAAGUCAGCAACGGCGUCGACGAGGAGAUCACAUUGGCUGCUCAUGUGUACCGGCAAGAACCACAGUUCGUAUUGAGCCUUCCGAAUGGGUCUUGGCGGAAAUCUCUUCUACUGGCAGUCCUCGUCCUAGUGCUGUUACUAUCAGCUGGCGCAUUUUACGCGCGUUGCUGGCUGCCACUUGCACUGUUUUGCAGAGACAAGUUCGGUCGCCUCGAGGAAAGCGACGGGAAGGAAUGCGACGCCCUGGUGUGCUACCACGAGAAGGACUCGAGUCUGGUGAUCGGUAUUGUGAUACCCACGUUGGAGUCUAGGCAUCGGUACAAGUGCGCGGCGCUGGAGUUGUCUCAGCUGAAUCACAAUUGGAGCCUGGAAAUCAGUCCUCACGCUAACACGGCUCGACGAAUCAUCGUUGUGCUCAGUCCCGCUUCCCUGGACAAUAUCUGGACAGAUGCAAGCGUCGGUGCGGUGUUGAAACAGUUGUCGUCGCUUCCAGUCCGAGUGAUCGUCGUCACAUUGAAGAGACUGCCGAGUACAACAGCGACAAUCGCAAAGCGAUCGCGGCGGGAUCGUCGCGACGCCGACAAUAUCUCUUUCGAUCGGCUGACGAUCUUGUCUUGGCAGGAUGGUGGCGGCGGCGGCGGUGGCAGUGGCGGCAAUGGUAUCGCCUUCGGCAGUGGUGGUCGCAAGUUCUGGUACAAACUGAGGCUCGCGAUGCCGGCGAUGCGGCCGAUGGCGUCCGAGACCGGUUGCCAAUCGGUAGCAAUGAUAGUGCAGGCCAACGGCAAGUGCGGACAGCAAAAGGCACGUUCGCGCGAGAGUCUGGAAGUCCUCGUCUAAAGGCACUGUUACGUGCUCAUCCUCGACCCGAGGUUCCCGUGAGAGCAGUGUCUCGGUCGAUUUUUACACCAAUUCAAUUGCCAAUCUUCGAAUCCCGAAGCGAGGGUUUCGAGGUCCCAUAAUCGCGUCCGCGCGAUCCUGA